AACGUUUACUUUACGUCAAACUUUGAAGAAUCAUCACAGAGAACUGAAAUCAUUAUUACGAAGCAAAAAUAUUAAUUUCAUUUAAUUCGCUUAUUUGUUAUAGUAUAUAUUAGUAUAAUUGUUUAUUUGUGAUCAAAGUACUAUAUAAUUAAAUAUAAUAUCUGCUAAAUAAGAUAAUGAAGUGCUAGUGAUUGAUUCAGUGGGCAGUAUAGAUUGAGUGUGCAGGAUGUCCAGUGCAUCCAUCAAGUUCCGUUGGGGUCUGAGCGCGUCAGACCCUGAGCAGGCUCCAGUGCUGUUUGUGGGACAGCCAGCGCACCUGAAUGCCCUGUCUUGGCAAGAUGUGCGCUGCAAACUGGAGCCGAGAGUUACUGAAGAGGUCUGGCGUCGUGGCCUCUCAGUAACGUCCCCCGGGGACACAUCCGAGCUCUGGCCGCGCGGAGCCACGGUUGGGUUACUCCCCCCUCGUCGGUCGCGACACACGGCCCCGUCUCGCAAUCACGCUCUGUCGAAGAUCGUGAAGUCAGCGCUGCGGUCUGCUGCAGAGGAGUAUAUUGUUCUGGUAUGCCGCAAACGCGACGUGCUAGCCAGCGCCGCGGCGAUAGCCCGCUCGGUGCCGCACUACACAGCGCGCUCGCCGACCGCCCCGCUCGCGCCGGCCGCUAGCCCGCCGCCCGCCAGCCGCGCACUCACCGUCGAGAUAUGCGUCGCCGGGGAUGAGGGUGAUUCAGAAGACGAAGGCGUCGGUCCGACUGAAUCAGCUUUGACAGAUGGUACUCUAUCCAAUGAGGAACUCAGCACUAUACAGGAUGUAGCGGAUGCUGUGAGAUUGGCCGCUAAGAUAACAGACACGCCCGCUAAUAUCAUGGAUGUGGACGCUUUUAUUGAGGAAGCAUGCAAAGUAGCGAAGAGCCUUGACAUCGCCGAACCGACGAUCAUCCGCGGUGAAGAACUCGCGGAACGAGGGAUGGGCGGGAUCUACGGCGUUGGGAAAGCCGCGGCCAAACCUCCCGCACUCGUGUCUCUUUCGUACAUGGCGCCCGGGGCUACGGAGACCGUGGCGUGGGUCGGCAAGGGCAUCGUGUACGACACCGGCGGCUUGAGCAUUAAGGCAAGGACGUCGAUGGUCGGCAUGAAGGGCGACUGCGGCGGUGCGGCCGCUGUGCUCGCCGCGUUCUACACGCUCGUGCGUGCGGGGCCUAACGUCAACGUGCACGCCGUACUGUGCCUGGCAGAGAACGCUGUCGGCCCGCUGGCUACCAGACCUGACGACAUACAUAAGCUGUACUCUGGACGUACCGUUGAAAUCAACAAUACAGAUGCUGAAGGUCGUUUGGUGCUAAGCGACGGCGUGGUGUACGCCCGUCGGGAUUUGAAGGCCGAUACCAUCGUAGAUGUUGCCACACUCACUGGGGCACAGGGCACAGCCACCGGGAAAUACCACGCUGCCAUCAUCUCUAACAAGUCCAACUUAGAAUCGGCGUGUGUAUCAGCGGGUCUAGUAUCAGGUGACCUGGCUCACGCUUUGCCCUUCGCUCCGGAACUGCACUUCACAGAGUUCUGCAGCCACGUGGCUGAUAUGAAGAACAGCGUCGCGGACCGCAACAACGCUCAACCGUCUUGCGCUGGUUUGUUCAUCUUGGCGCACCUCGGGUUCGACUGGACCGGCCGUUGGCUGCACGUCGAUAUGGCUGCGCCGGCGCAUUGUGGCGAAAGAGCAACGGGCUACGGCGUGUGUCUCCUAACAGUGUUGUUUGGAAAGUACACUAAUAGCAAACUGCUCAAGGCACUUUGCCCCAUGCGUUAGUUAUACGGGGCAAUUGAGGCAGGGGAAUUAUCAAAUAUAUUGAGAAAAAGAUUAUUAGGAAAUAAUAGUAAAAUUAAGAUUGGUAUUGUUUUGCGAAAUGAAACUAAAUAAUGUUAUAAAAGUUAUAACAAAAAAUUAUGACUUUUUCCCCUGGCAGUUGUGAAGUACAAUAUUA